UGACUGACAGCACCUGUCUGCCUCGACGCGUUGCAUCUUGGUCCCUGCGAAGACUGCUCCAUCUCCAAGUCCCCAGGUUCCCAUGCGCAACGGAAGCAGAUUCACAUCGCGCCCGCUCCCCUUUAGCCAUUCCCCGUGCGCGCAAUGCGUGUCUAGACGCAGCAAAAGGAGCGGUUGUUGUGUUCCGGCGCAGUAUGACGUUGCCCAAGACAAAAAUGCCAGGCUUUGAGGCCAAUCUUCAGCCACCGGCCCUCUUCAGAAACGGCGCCCCUACCACGCCUUAAAGACAUGUUUAUCGUGAACUGCACUCAGGGCACACUCCUACGGCUUCAAUUCGGCGUCUUCCAUGGAUAAGCUAAAGCUCAAGGCGCGUACGGCGCGCAGCAGGCUCGCUGGUGCUUCUUCGUCUGCACCUGACACGCCUGAGCAGACCGCCGCUCCACAACAAUUACCCGUACCACAACAAAACUCUAGCACACAUGCCCUCCACGAGGGCACUUACGCCCGGGACUUUGGUCUGCCCGCCGACCAACAACCACAGCAGCCCAUCGUCGAGCCCCCUACUUCAUUGGAGUCGUCCAUUGACGCGGGCAGCCAUGUACCCAAGCCCUCCAGGGUCAGCGACCCAUCGUCGCAGGUUACAUACCAGACGCUUGCAGCACAGAGAGCAAGGAGCAACUCUGCGCCAAACAGAGGAACACCGUCAUUCCAGCAAUACCCACGCCGACCCCAAGCUGCCCGCCAAACGAGCAUUGGUAUCCGUCGCAUGCCCUCGUCGAGUCCCCUGAGACAGACCGUUCAAGCACCAGCUUCAUCCACCCCGAGAGCAGGCACGCCCUUGCCUGCGCUUGACGAAGAGCAAGAACUAGGUCAGCUCCCGUCCAACAGCAGCCAAUCCACCCUCACCCACACCAAUUCGGCACCCGAUCAGACUCGCUUGCGGAGAAUAAAGAGCGCUGUCCAGCUUAGGAUACCAUUCUGGGGUAAGAAGGAUGAAGAAAAAUCACCUGCAGCCGGCCCCAGUGCCACCACCGCCCAAGACGACGGAGCAACCAACUACAGUUCAGGCAUGGUCGACGUCUUGGAUACGCUUGACCCUGAGGUUGCGACCCUCACGUCUUUGACAAAUAUGCAGAAUUCACUCUUCAUUCCCAACCUGCCCUUUCUCAACCGCCGACCUACUUACAACCUGCGUCGACGAAAGAGCGAGACGGAGAGCCUCGAGGAGAUCAACCGCAUAUUGCAACCUGCCUUGGCUGCUCAGGGGCAACAAGCCCCCCCAACUUUGCAACGCUCUCCAACUCAAACUACAGCGAUGACCAUGAUGACAAUAGACUCGCAGCUGACGAAUUCACGAUAUGCCGUGCUUCCCGAGAAUACUGACUUGUCUGGAUGGAGCGUGGCUGAUAAGAAGGAAGUCAACGAUCACGUGCGACACAUGCUUCAUUCACGGCGAUCCAAGCUGAAGCGCUCGCUCAAGGGCUUUGGACAUUACGUUCGCAGACCAUUGGGUUUCCUCGUCACUCUCUAUGCAACGCUCAUCACAUUAUUCGGUCUGGCCUGGGUGCUGUUCUUGAUUGGCUGGAUCAAUGUCGGUGGACAGCAGAUUUAUGUCGUCCACAUCAUCGACAGCGUUUUGGUUGCCCUCUUCGCAAUCGUCGGAGAUGGUCUCGCUCCUUUCCGCGCCGUAGACACCUACCACAUGAUCUACAUAGCACACUACCACCACUACACCUGGUCACGUCGAAAGAAGGACAUGCUGCCUGCUCUAGCCGACCACAAUGACCUGCCUGCCGAGCACGCCCCUGUAUCUGGACCCAGAACUACCGAUCCUAACGACCCAGAGAAACAAUGGGAGUUUACCGUCUUGACACCUAAACAGCAGGAGAAGCUCGAACAUCACCAGAGCAAGUUCUGCAAAUCGCACUCCUUCUAUAAACCCCACGAGACAGAGACCCACUACGCGUUUCCUCUUCGUUUCCUGGUCGCCAUCGUUGUACUGCUGGAUUGCCACUCACUCCUCCAAAUCUCCCUCGGCGCAUGCACAUGGGGUAUCUACUACAAGAACCGACACUUUGCCAUCACUACUGUCAUUCUCAUUUGCUCUAUCACCUGCAAUGCCACAGCCGGUCUUUUGAUCUGGCUUGGCGACAAGAGGACGAGGAAGAAGGACGUCCUGGAGCGCAUGAAUAGACAGGAGCUCACGGAGGAGGCGAUUAAGGAAGUGCAGAAGAAGAAAGAGAAGGAAGGCGAGAGCAGCAGUGACGAAGCCGGCAAGGAGUCAGAGAAGAGGAAGAUUAGUAUGGAUGCCUUUAGGCCCAGGAAGAGUAUGGACAAAGGGAGGGCGAAGGAGCCGGGCCAGACUGAGCAGAGCGCGUAUCCUUGAAUGAUUUUCAUUGCAUAUCGUAAUUAUCUAAUAGUCCUCUUGUUCAAGCGUACAAGCGUUGAGAUACCAAUCUUGCCUCUUAAUGUCAGACUUUACCAUCUAACCAUUCCUUCUCUUUCAACUUGCAUCCACGUUACCAAUUGCUCCAUAGCAGGAAUAUAUCUAAGC